AUGGUAUCAGAUACAGAUGAUUGGAACAUGUGGUACCCGGACCCCACUUGGCAGGUUCAGGACAUCACAUUGUGGAUGGAUUCCAGGGGAAAAGAAGUUGAUGCUGGAGAGGAGAAUGAUGUAGGAGCUACCAGUGUGGGAGAGAUCGAUACCUCCACUAUACUGCGGGGUUUAUCUUGGCAAGUUCGGGAAGAAAUUAGCAAAGAGCUGGGUGCAAGAAAUGAAAAAAUGUUGGCAGUGUUAUCUUGCACUAAGGCACAAAAAGUUCUCUUCGCUACCUUUAAGCUUAUAGGGGAGGCCGAGCGCUGGUGGCAAGGAGUGAAGCUGCUGGAGGAACAACGGGUAGUACCCACGGAUAUGACCUGGAGUCGAUUUAAGGAGCUUUUCUACGAUCAGUACUUCUCUACCACCACCAGGGCUACAAAGGCAGAGGAAUUCUUCCACCUGACUCAAGGGCAACUUAUUAUGCAACAGUAUGCUGCAAAGUUCAAGUGGCUCUUCCAUUUUGCACCUUUUAUGGUUCCAAAUGAAUUCCAAAAGGUGAGGUGGUUUGAGAAGGGAUUGAAACUGAGAAUUCAUGAACAAGUGGUAGUCCUGAAGGUACAAAGCUUUUCAGAGUUGGUGGAUAGAUCCACCGUGGCAGAAUUGAGUCUGUGGAGGAGUGCAGAGAUGGUAGAGCAGAGGAAGAGGCCUAAGCCUCUCAGUUUUUCUGAUGAUGCCAAACAGGGCACGUGGAAGAGGAACAAAUAUGUUGGGGGAGAGAGAUUUGAUAGAGGUGAUCGAGGACGUCAGAGCGAUUCUUCACCUCCCUAUUGUGUUCAUUGUAAGUUGAGACAUUGGGAAGAAUGCCUAGCUAGGAACAUUAAGUGCUAUCAGUGCGGCAGAUACAGCCACAUGGCCCGAGAUUGUCGAGAACUGCCAAACAACGCACCUGCACCUGAUCAACACCAGAGGAAUAAGCCACUGCCUCGUGGUGGUUCGACGCAUGUGUAUACCAUGGUUCCGGCUGAUAAGGAUAUUGCUCGUGGUGCAGGAGCAGGUAUGAUUUUAUAUUAA